CGCAGUUCCUCUCCGAAUGCACACCCUCUCCUCAUUGGCGCGCAAAGGUUCGCUUAGUCUUAGUCAUUCGCAAUAUGACGUGCGAGCAUGUGUUUGCGGGGCCAGACUCGUGAGGAUGCGAACUUCUCUAUACAUCAUAUUGCCGCGCCAUAGAAGACUUCGACCCUCUUUGAAUCGUCUCAUAGCUUUGCUACGACCCAGCCACAGUAUCAAAAACUUUGCUCACAAUCACCUUCUGACACUACACCCACAAUGAAGGCCUACUAUUUCGACAACCUUCCGGGCGACCAACGCCUACCCCACGACUCCGGCCGCUCACUAUCACCAUCCGAUCUCGAUAUCCUUGGCAUUAAACACUACGAGUUGCCGGACGACCUCGAGAGUGUUGAUCGCAUCGCAUCCGAACGCAACUACAAGAACCGAGACCAGAUCGAGAUCAGCCCGUCCACUCUCCCAGGCUACGAAGAGAAAGUGAAGAACUUCUUCCACGAGCACCUGCAUGAGGAUGAGGAGAUCCGAUACAUCCUUGGCGGCGGAGGAUACUUCGAUGUACGGAACAAGGGUGACGAGUGGGUGAGGAUACGGUUGGAGAAGGGUGACCUGAUGAUCAUGCCUGCGGGUAUCUAUCAUCGGUUUACCACUGAUGAGCAAAAUUACACGAAGGCGCUCCGUCUUUUCAAGGAGGACCCGAAAUGGACGCCACUCAAGCGUGGCGAGGAUACCGACAUCAACCCGUUCCGGAAGGACUACCUGAAAACGAGAGACGGCGCCCUCGAUUCGGUGCCAGACGCGCAGAGGAUGACCUAGUCAGAUCAUGCAUGGGACGUUACGCUAAGGUGAAAACGGCUGCAUUUGCGACGCUCUCAGUGGAAGUGCACCACCAAAAGCUAGGCUGCAUGCUUGCUUAAUAGCGCUAUAUAGUACAUGGCUCCGACAGACCCGUAUAUCCUCAUACAAACUCGAACGUACUGGUACAUGAUAAGUACGCCACGCUGCGCUAUGCUAUGUUCGAAAGCGAAACAAACCCAAUG